AUGGCUAUCUGCGGCGCCGGCCCCACCUUAAUGAUACUGCUUCUAACUGUGAUCUUGACUCUCGGCCAAGCAACGGAUACUUGGCAUCGUCUGCCCUCUCUGGAAACCUUUUCAACAUAUGAGGACAUGCAGCGUUACUUCGAUCAACGUAAUUUCCGCGGCAUGAGGCAAAUUGAUAACCCCACAGGGGACACAUAUUUGGCUGCCUUUAAUCAGUAUAACGAACAGCAGGAGGAUAAGACUCCGAGGCGGGUGACCCAGUCCCACUCCAGGAUAAAACGGGAGCAGCGCCAACUUCCCACCGCCCCGAGAAUGCUACGUUUUGAAUUGGCAGAUGCCGUGGAACCUAGCCCAGAACUUAAGCAAAUAAUGAGGCAAUAUCAUGCCAGGGCCUUGAAGGAAAAUCCCACAUCUGUGACUCCUCAUAGUACAACUCAGGCACCCUUACCAGCUGUAAGCAGCACCAAGGGCCCAAAGAUUAAGUCCCGGAAACCACGUCGUCAGAGAAGAUCAGUCAUUGGCGCCCAGCAACCAGCGGACUUUAAGGUCCAGAUGAUUCCCUUUCAAGAAACGGAUGCGAGGGAGCCCGAUGCCCUGACCGCUCAGCUGAUUAAGAGGGGCCGCACCCUGGAUCUGCAAAGUCAGGCCACGAGAUCUGCUCCAGAGCUCCGCCAGUUAAAGCCCCAAGGGGCUAGAAAUCAGCCUUUCCAGGUGCGGAUUCGCAAGACGAAGCGCUCCAAACGCUCAGCUCCGCAAAUGAUCAAGUUUGAGUUGGCGGACGCCAAGCCAUUGCCUCAAAGGGUCGGAAAACAGCUGUCAUCCGAAGCGGUGCCCACGCUGCUGACCAUGGAAGCCCAGCCACGGAACCAAACCCAAUCUCCCCAGUUGACCACACCCUCUUCUCGGAUGGAGGACAAUGACAUCCUGACGGGUGAGGCCACGGCGGAAACCAAGCGGAUGUAUGUUUACAAGGAGUCACCUUUGACCUCUGGACAUGUGAAGACCAAGAAAUCCCUCAGUGCCCUGCCCCACGAAGUUCAAAAGGUCAUCGGCCAGCUGAUGAAGGAUGGAUUGGGUGGCAAGGCGUAUGUGAAGUAUCUUCCCGCCCAGAAGACCGAUUACGAGCACUACAAGACCAAGUCCGUAGCCUAUGGGGCCAAGCCUCUGGGCAACUAUGUGAAGUACAUCAACAAGCCAUUGGAGGCAUCGGUAGCUCCGGCUCCUGUCCAGGUGCACAUCCAACCCGUUCCAGUGGUGGAGCAACUGCGGUAUGUCUACAAGCCCGCCUAUGUGGCAGCUGCUCCCACAAUAGCGCAGCCCAUUGUGGUCCAGGAGGCACCAGUGCCCACUGCGGCAGUGGAGGAAGUGCACCACACCUACACCGCCGAGCUGGCACCACCGCCCACCCAGACUCUGGAUGUGGUUGUGCCGCAAUUCAGGCCCUCCAAGCCAGAUCCCCUGCUGGCCGAAGCCCCCGCCAUCUAUGGCAAGCCCCUGGAGGCCUACAACUACGCAAUCCAGCCGGAGGAACCCUCUCCUCUGAUCAAGAUCGAGUACCAUGCCCAGCCGGAUGGCAUUAAGGAGCACUACAAGCAGCUGCCCGAGUUCCAGCAGCUGUCCACGCUCAUUGGCAAGUCACCGGAUGACCAGAUUCACGGCCUAACCUAUCUCCUGGCCAAGGAGAUGCAGGCCAAGUUGCAGAGGCAGGGCAAGCAGCUGGUGGAUCGGCCGCAGGACAGCACGGCACCGAUCCUGUUCCACCCGGCCCAGGCUCCAGCUCCAGUUGCACCCACUCUAAAAACCCUUUUGGACCAUGGAUCGCUGGGCAUCCAGCCGGGUCGCCUGAUCGGCAUGGCCAAGACUAAGCAGUAUGUGCCCAUCAUCGAGCCGGGCAACAACGAUGUCAAGGAGCUGCCGACGGUGGCCUCCAAGGUGCCCACACCCAGUUCCUACAUCGACUACACCCACGGACAUGGCCUGUCCAACGGAUAUGAGGGCGUGGCCCAAGUGCAUGAGGAGCCGGUGACAACGGUGGAGCACGUGGUGCACCAUCCCACGGUGGCCACUCACAGCCAGCACCUCAAUCCGCACCAGCUAAACCAAAUUCAGCAGCAGCAUCAUCUCCAGCAGCAGCAGCACCACCACCACGGACUGGUGGCCACUGUCCUGCCGGCGGAACUGGAUGCGGACAAGGGCGAGAAUGGCCUGCACUUUGCGCACAGCCAGGAGGACAAGUCGCUGCAGCAGUACGCCUCAAAGUAUGCGUUCGGUUAUCGCAUACGUGAUUUCCAUACCGGCAACGAUUUUGGCCACAAGCAGAAUCGUGAUCUGCACGGAGUGACACGCGGCCAGUACCAUAUCCUCUUGCCGGACGGAAGGAUCCAGAAUGUAAUCUACCACGCCGACGAUACGGGCUUCCAUGCGGACGUCAGCUUCGAAAGCGGCGCGAAACAUUGA